AUGUGGGUCACCUGGCCUUUCACCUCUUUAGUCAUCAGCUUCUUCGUCGCAACACUAUGGGUGUCAGAAGUCAGCACGCGUGGUAAACCCAAUUGGCCAAACCCCUCCCGAGUUCCGAACCAGACAGAACCGGGUCAGUUUGGAUAUAAUCAAUGCGGCAAAAAUUCCUCACAAGAUUCCAACUGCCAGACUUUAUACGUGAAUAGUCUCAAUGAUUUUUGUCUCUGGGCACCUCCCUCGGGACAACAAGAGAUUGGUGAUUCAGAGGAAUACGAGGUUGCAUGGUGCACAAAGCCUGGUCGUGGAACAAGACAAAUCCCCGCAGGAGCAUUGAUCAGUGCUCAUUUCCUAUCUACACCACAUUAUGUGCAAAUCACAGGUUAUAUCGACGGCCCGGCCUUAGACAUCAAAAGACCUAAUGAUGGUGGAGAGCUGGACCCGCAUGGGGCAACCAGUUUAGGAAAUCCCAUCGGUAGCUUGGUCUAUACUACGGCCUUCGGAGGUAAAGUUCAGCAGGUGAAAGAGUGGAUGAACUUCAUGGGGGACGGUGAAUUUUGUUUUCGAAUCUGCAAGCCAGGAGAUCCACAAGCUUGGUUGUACUGCCAGCAUAUCUACGACGUGAUGGGAUGCUUCUGGGUGAUGCCCGGAAACUAUAAUCAAACAGGUUUUGACUCCUGUGACGGAGACUCGCUUCCGCCUCCAGGCAUCUACAAUAACACGUCCACAUUUCACCAGGGAGAUCCCAAGACGCCUGACCCACAUCCGGCAGCAAGUUCAAGCAAUUGUCUUGCUAUACAGACUAUCAGUCUUCUUCCAGGCCAACCCAAUAACGCCGUGGUUCCUGGUGGAAACCAAACCGUCACCACCACUGCCUUGCCGGGUAACAUUACCGCGAGUCCGAGUCCCGCUUCACAGCAGACAGGUUCAGCGGGUGGAUUUUUUCCAAAUGUAUGCCGGGGUGCGAUUGUGGCAAUACUCUUGUUGACAUCUUUGUUAAGCAAUACUUUGCUAUAUCUGUAA